AUGAACUAAUAUAUCCUGACCUUUAUUACAUAAAUCCAAAAGAUAUAAAUAUAGGAAUUUUCCUAAAUCCAUAACAUAAAAGUGAAUCUUAAAAAAUAAUCUAAAUAACAAUUCAUUUAAACCGAAAAUCUUCCUUCUGUAAAUAAAUUUGACUUUCCAACAGAAAAAAUAGCUUUAAGAAAAGUUUAUUUAUGCCUUUGGGACGACAAAAAGUAAUAAUUUAUAGGAAAUGUUUCACGUUUAAAUUGUAACAUUAAAGACCAGAAUGAAAGAAAAUGGUUUUUUGUAGAAAAUGAAGUUUUUAUUAAAUAUGAAGAACAAAGCGAAAAUCAAAAAAACAGCAUUUUUCUUUGCGCUGAAUUCGUUUUUCAUUUCUAUAAAAAUGAAAAAAAGGAAGAUUUAGAAAUUUCUAUUGGUCAUAUAUUAAUUCCAUUUAGCAAUUUAGAAAAUGAAAAUAAAAAAAACUAAUAAAUAACGACUUCAACUAUUUAACUUUUCGCAUAAACACCAUCAAAUUAAUAAAAAAUAAUAUUACAAGAAAACUCAAAAAAAAAUAUGAAAAAAGGUGCAGGUUGGUGCUGUGGAUUAUCAUUGAAAAGCAAGUUAUAAUAAAGCUUAAUUAAUUAUUAAUUAAAUUAUAUAAAUGAAACUAAUGAUUAUAAUAUUCUACCUCGAAUUAUCUUGUUUAAAAAAAAUUAAGUUUCUUUAAUAAAAGCCUAUAGACAAUAUUUCGCCUAUAGAAGUCUUGAAAAAGGAACUAUAAAUUAUAAUUUAAGCUAAGACUAAGUUUUUUUAACUUUUUAAAAAGCUUUUGAUUGCCCUCAUAUUGAAUAUACUUUGUGUUUGUUUUGGGAAAAUGAGGUGAAUAAAAGUUUUGGGGAAUUUAAUUUGGAUAAAUUGUGUGAAUCUUUUAAUUUGUGUAUGAAUUUUAUUUAACUUCUUCUCAGUAAUGUUAAAUAUUAAUUUGACAAAAAAGAUCCAGCUUAAAGCAAUUAUUGUAAUAAAAUAUUAAUUAAAUAAAGAAAUGAUUUAUUAGAUAUUACUCUUGAAGAAAUUAGAGUUUAAAUAUUUAAUAAAUAAGGAAAUGUAUAAAAUAGAAGAUUCUCGUAAUUUAGAAAACCUUUCAAUAACCAUUUUGAUUAAGACUUAGAAGAAGAUUAAGAAGACGAAUUUAUGGUUCAAUAGUAUUUUAGUAAAAGACAAUGA